GUGCAUUCGAAAAAAAUGGUUGCCUCAAGACGAUCUUACGUAUUAUAGUUAUUUUAAGUCUUAUUUUUAUUAAAUAUAUUUAAAAAAUAGUCAAGAUGUUGAUACCGUCAAACAUAUUAUUCCCGAUUGAAAUAAUACUAAACACAAUAAUUAAUAAUUAUUUGCGAACGUCUUUUUGCUUAACGUUUGUCACUGAAACUGAAUUAAUGAUUAAUUUACCAUUAAACAUGAGCUCUAUGAGAAUAAGACCUAAUAAUUCAGAACUGGUGCAGCAAAUUUUGGAGGCAUCGGAAAAAGCUUGUACCGAUUACAUUAUACAAAUGGAUGAACCUCGAAAUUUUAUGGUAGCUUUUGACAAGGUCAAUCAUAUAGGGGAUGUAAGGAGAAGCGACAAGAAACUCAUAUUUGUACCUUUAGAAGACGAAUUUUACAAUGCAAGUGUCCUUACUGAUCUAUUUACGCUAAAGGAAACUGGUUACGUUCCUAAUAUUUUAUUAAUAGCACCCACUGCACAAAGCUCAGCAGACUGUAAAGUAUACGACAUGAUAACUCAUACAUUUGUCGGUGCCGACGAACAAAUACGUGAACCUCUGUAUUUGGAUCGUUGGUAUUCUUGUACCAAACUGUUUAAGAAUGGGGUAAAUUUGUUUCCUCAUGAUAUGUCCAAUCUAUACGGCAAGAAGGUCAAAGUAGGAGCAUUUACAUACAAACCGUAUGUAUUAUUAGACCUGGAUCCAUCUCUGGCUCCGCUAGGCCGCGACGGCAUAGAUAUACGUUUCAUAGAGGAGUUUUGUAGGUGGAUUAAUUGCACAGUGGAAAUCGUAAGACCCGACGACGGCCAGGAGUGGGGUGAGAUUUUUGAGAACAACACUGGCGUCGGCCUAGUCGGAAAUCUGGUUGAAGAUCGAACGGAAAUAGGAAUUACAUCGCUCUAUUCCUGGUACGAAGAAUAUAGGGCAUUAGAUUUUUCUGCUCCUAUUAUAAGAACUGCUGUCACUUGCAUUGCACCUGCACCUCGGAUUUUGUCAAGCUGGGACUUGCCAUUGGUGCCGUUCUCGUGGCUGAUGUGGAUGUGCUUGAUAGCUACAUUCUUCUUUGCGUCGUUUGCUCUCUUCGUAGCUCAACGAUCUGCUGACGACAUUUUCUUCGCUACAUUUGGGAAUAUGAUUGGUCAGAGUCCCGGAGACUCAAGUUCCUGGCGCAUACGCAGCAUCUCCGGCUGGAUGCUAGUGACAGGCCUGGUCAUAGAUAACGCAUACAGCGGCGGCCUGGCGUCCAGCUUCACGGUCCCCAAGUACGAGGCCUCCGUAGACACGAUACAGGAUCUGGUGGACAGGAGAAUGGAGUGGGGCGCUCCCGUUGACGCCUGGUUGUAUUCUAUGAUACUUUCUGAGGAGCCCCUAAUCAAGAGUGCAAUAAGUCAAUUUAAGGUUUAUCCACCAGAAAAAUUGACACAAAAAAGUUUCACAAGGAGUAUGGCGUUUAGUAUUGAACGCCUUCCUGCAGGAUCCUUCGCGAUCGGCGAGUACAUAACCAAGGAAGGUGCAGAGAACCUCGAGCUGAUGCUGGAGGACAUGUACUACGAGCAGUGCGUGGUGAUGACGAGGAAGAGUUCUCCGUACACCGCCAAGCUCACCGAGUUGGUUGGUCGUCUUCAACAGUCUGGGCUGUUGCUGUGCUGGGAAACGCAGAUUGCUUUGAAAUAUCUGGAUUUCAAAGUGCAACUAGAAGUAAGGCUGUCUAGAACAAAGAAAGACAUAGAUGGAGUUGAGCCGUUAAAUGCAAAGCAGCUAUUGGGUAUCUACUUGCUUUAUUUUGGAGGUCUAUUUAUAUCGAUCGUAGUUUUUAUUGCGGAAUUGCUCAUCAAACGCGGUAAAGCUACAAUUGUUAUAUGAAUUGUACA